AUGCCCGGUGAGUUCGCUUUGGUAGCAUCGAAUGAAUUUGUCAUCCUGUUCCAGAGAUUCUCGAGCUUCAGUCGCCUGGUGAGGACCACCGCCUGGGUCCUGAGGUUUGCGCGACGGUGCCGCAAACAGAGAAGCGAGCUCGAGGAAUAUGGACUCACUGCGACGGAGUGUGAGGCCGCGGAGAACCUGUUAAUCAGGCAGGCCCAAUUGGAGUCGUUUCCCGACGAGAUGGGGUCGGCGGAACGCGGAAAGGAAGUCGCCAACUCGAGCGAGAUUCGUAGUCUGGCGCCGUACAUGGAUAAAUAUGGAGUUCUGCGAGUUUAUGGCAGAGUCGAUGCCGCGCUGUCCAUGCCGUACAGUGCGAGGAGGCCCGUGAUACUGUCACACAGGCACAGUCUCACGGAGAUGGUAGUAAGACACUACCACGCCCAGAUGAAGCAUCAAAACGUGGAUGCGACGAUUGCCCAGAUCCGGACGAGAUUCUGGGUCACGAAGAUAAGACGAGUGCUGAAGGAGGUAAUCUCGUCGUGCAACGAAUGCAAGCUACAACGGACGCGGCCGAUGCCGCCGAUAAUGGGACCCCUUCCAGAGGAUCGCUUGGAAGCUGGAGGAUGGCCAUUCAAGUACACAGGACUAGACUACUUUGGGCCACUGCUGGUGACUGUUGCCCGUCACAGAGAGAAGCGUUGGGUCGCCUUGUUCACAUGCUUGACGACAAGGGCGAUUCAUCUGGAGCUGGCGCAUGAUCUGUCAACGGAUUCCUGUAUUAUAGCGAUCAGGAACUUCGUCUGCCGUAGAGGACCAGUAUGUAAACUGCGGGUGACAACGGAAAAACUUCGUGGGAGCUGA